AUGCGUUCUAUGAUUCUGCUUCUCCUUUUCGUUCUCGUCCUACUUAUCGAUGCCAAACCACAUCUACUCGAUAAUACCGUUCGCGUCAUUCGAGUGAAACGUUGGGAAUGGUACCGUCCAAGAUGGAGUGGCACUAUGGGAUACCGCCCUCUACAUUUGCGACCUAUUCGAGAACGAUCGUGGCAGGACUAUCGUAUCCAACUGUACGGCUAA